GGGGGUGGUGAUCAUUAAAAAUAUCUUUACUGUCAUCACUAUCUCUCAGUUCCUGUGGUUGAAUGCAGUUUAAUCCUCACAGCAAUGCUCUUCUCCAAAAGUUUGUAAACAUCUUCUCACUUUGGACAGUGGAGGCAGUUACUCCAACAAAAACAGAAUUGUAUUUUUCUUUUUUUUGACUUGAGAAGAAAUAAUGAAUAAAUAAAUGGUCAGGUGUCCCAAAUACAUUUGGACAUAUGGAAUAUAGUGUAUGUUUCAUGACGUCCAUAUGUCAAAUCUAGAGUCUCUGUUCAAAACAAUUCCAGUGAUUGGCACAAAUCCUGUCAUACAACCUUAUCGUAGCCAAUCGGAGCGGACAGUGGGAGCGUCACUCAGCUGUAGCCCCGCCCACUGUGCAGAACGUCUUCCUUAUCAUGAGGAGGUUCAGCAGCUGAUCUGCUCGGUUCUCCAGCCUAAACAGAUUCUCAGAGAGAUCCAGAACCUUGAGUAGGUGUGGGACGAUCUGACAGCAGCAGGAAGAUGGAAGAUGAAGAUGAGAUCGAAGGUCGAGCGACAAAAAGAGGCUUCCACAAAUUAACAAGAUCAAAAGAAUCGGACAGCACAGUGAACCAGAGGGACCUGCACAACACCAACGGUAAAGGAAAUGUGGAGCUGGACCAUAUUCUUCAAAAGAGGCUCCUGCUGAGGAGAAAAGUUCAGAAGCUGAAGGUGGACAUGCUGCAGCAGUUUGAUUGUCAGAUGGAUGAGUUUGUGGACAGCGUGGUGGAGGAAUCCUACAGUCUGGGUGGAUCUUCGCUGAACUCGCACUUCUCUCCACUGCUCUCAGAUAAGGAGAGAGCUAAGCUCAGACACACAAGGGUUUCCCAGAACCAGUGUAAACAGUUCGUCAUUCGCCGUUCGUUACUGGAUGAGCUGUUUGAGGUGGAUCAUAUUCGCACUAUUUAUCACAUGUUCAUCGCUCUCCUCAUCCUCUUCAUCCUCAGCACUCUAGUCGUGGACUUCAUCGAUGAGGGCCGGCUGGUGCUGGAUUUUGACCUGCUUGUCUACGCGUUCGGACAGUUCCCCCUGGUGGUGGUGACGUGGAUCUGCAUGUUCAUGUCAGCGCUGGUGGUUCCGUACGUUCUGCUGCACUCGUGGGCGGUUGCGUACCUGACGUCUCGCCACCGUUCCCUGUUAACUCUACUGGCUGGCGGUCUUCUCCUGCUGUACCAGGGCCUGGGGCUCGGAUUCCUGCCAACCUACAUCGUCCUGAGAAACGGCCUUCCUCCUGCCUCCCGCUUCAUCCUCAUCCUCGAACAGGUGCGUCUGAUGAUGAAGGUGCACUCCUUCAUCAGGGAGAACAUUCAGAGGGUCUGGUCCUCAGGCAGAGAUGGAAGUGAUUCGUCAGCUGUUCCUCAGGUGACCCCGUACCUGUACUUCCUGUUCGCUCCCACUCUGAUCUACAGGGAUAACUACCCCAGGAACCCGUAUGUGCGCUGGAGCUACGUCGCCACUAAACUGUUACAGGUUCUGGGCUGUCUGUUUUAUGCGUAUUACGUGUUCGUGCGGCUCUGUAUCCCGCAGUUCCGCAGUCUGCAGCUGUUUGAUCUCAGGGCGAUGGUGCUCUGCGUCUUCAACUCCAUCCUGCCAGGGGUGCUGGUCCUGUUCCUGGGUUUCUUUGCGUUUCUGCACUGCUGGCUGAACGCCUUCGCUGAGAUGCUGCGCUUUGGAGACCGGAUGUUUUAUAAGGACUGGUGGAAUUCAACAUCGUUUGCCAACUAUUACCGAACGUGGAACGUUGUGGUGCACGACUGGCUGUAUUACUACGUCUAUCGGGACUUUCUGUGGAUGUCUCAGAAGCGUUUCCGCGCCGCUGCUAUGUUUAUUGUAUUUACGGUGUCGGCUGUGGUUCACGAGUACGUGCUGGCCAUCUGCUUCGGCUUCUUCUACCCCGUCCUCUUCUGCCUCUUCAUGUGUUUUGGAAUGAUGUUUAACUUCAUCCUGCACGACCGGAGGAAGGGUCCGGUGUGGAAUGUGAUCAUGUGGACGGCGCUGUUCCUGGGUCAGGGGGUUCUGAUCUGCCUGUACUCUCAGGAGUGGUACGCUCAGAUAUACUGCCCCCUACAGGAGCCGUCUCUCCUGGACCUGCUGAAGCCACGCUCGUGGACCUGCUACAUGCAGACCAAUCACGAGGCAGCGGCAUCCAGCUAACCCACAAUGCACCACUGCCCAGCUCCUGAUCCGCUGUUUACUGUGUAACACUGCACUUUUAUUCACACACACUCUAAGACAAUCCAGAUCCAUGAGACAUGAGUGAGAUAUUUUUGCAGAAAUCUUUAUAUAGAGAGGAAAGAGUAUUAUUUAUGAAUUUUUAUAUUUAAGGAGAGAAUCAGAAUCAGACGUCCAGACUAUUUUUGGUCAGGUUUGAGGAGGAGGUUAACUGCCUGCAGCUGCUGAAGUGUACAAGCACAUUACACACACACACACACACACACACCUGUUUCCGUGUGUAGACUACUUGAGGGAGUGCUGUCCUCAGUGACACUGCUUCCUGAUUGGCUGAAACAGUUUUAGCACUUUUUAGGAUUUUUUUUAUACACGCUUUUUUAUUAAAUGAAUAAAACAGGUACAGAAACCUGUACACCUUUUAACCCUUUCAGACCUGAAUUGUCUCCAGUUGUGAUAAAAAUGCAGUUUUUUAAUCUACAAUGCACUGAAAAAGGAAGACUAAUUUUAUACUAUAAAAUCUAUAUAGCAAAUAAAUACGGUUUGUUUUUUUUUAAUGCACUGGAAGCCUGUGUGGUAUAUUUAGAAAUUAUAUUGACCUUUUUAUUUCAUAAGCCAUCUCUAACUAGUAAAAAACUUGAUUAAAAAGUGUUAUAAAUAACAUAAAUUAAAUUAGUAAAUUAGCCUCAAUGGCUCUAGUAACACUGUGUUUUCAGUAGAGUGGGUGGGGCCAAGUUACUGUUUCAUUGGUUUAUAACUUGUUCAUUGGCUGGUUCAUGGUCUAUUCUGAUGGACAACAACAUUUAAAUAGUGUUAUGUGCAACAAUAAAUUUUAACAUAAAAAUAUAUAUAUAUAUUAUGUCCAUUGUAAUGGAUGCAGGGUCUAAAAGGGUUAAAUCAUAUUUCCGCUUUAUAUACUAAAUAUAACAAAAACAAAAGCUGCAUAUGUUAUAUAUUUAGACACAUGCUAUUUGCACCCAGGUGUAAGUUAAUCUUUCUAUGGAAAUCAAUGUAAAAAGCUUGUUUUCCAAGUUUUGUCAUGUGUCAUUUUUGUUUGGUGCGCCUAUUUGCUUCCUCGCAUUUGUUGGAAGCAGUGACUGUGCUGUCAUUGGCUGGUGGACACGUGCAUUUGGGUUCAUUUUUUUCUUUUUUUAAUAUAAUUAAGGGGUGGAAAUAGCCUCCCUUUAUGGCAAAUGGUACUUGUACCUGGGUGCAAAUAGUCACUCCCGCCAAUUUUUUUUAUUUUUUUAUUUUAUCCAAUCUAAUAAAUUCAUUAAGUUCAUUGAGUUUUCUUAUAGAGAAUUGAAGCAGGAGUUUGAAUCCUUUUGUAACUUAAGUUAUGGCCAUAAAUUGAGUUAAAUUUUAACUUUAUAUGAAUGAAAUAUUAUUGCACUUAACUAGUUUUGAAAUCCUUUUGCUUGCAUUGUCAAGUCAAGUCAAGUCAUGUGACUGUACUGUGCCAAAACAAGCAACGAGUUAACCCUAAAUAUAACUUAUUUUUGCUAAUAGUUUGCUAGGUCUGUUGCAAUACCUCUACAUUGGUGGGAUUUUUAAUAAAAACUGAAUGUUUGAAUGUAAAAUAAGCACUGGAUUACAGCAUCAGCAAACCAUGGUAAUUAAACAUGGGUGCACACACUUUUGCACAGGACUGCAUAUGUUGAGUUUACCAUGGAACCACUGCCUAUACUAAAGAACCUGUAAAGGAGAACCUCUUUUAUAUAAGAAUGUGUGCUGUGCAUCUUCUUGAGGCUGUGUUUGUGUAUAUAUGAAGAACCCUUUAACCUGACGUAGAUCCAGUGGAGUAAACGGUUCUUUACGUUUUGCUUUGCCUUUUAUUAGAGAAAUCAUUUUACUAUUUAUUAUUAAUAUGGAUCAGACAGAUAGGUAUUUGAACUUUCUUUGAACUGAAUUUUUAAAUGAUCACUUUAUUUAAGAACCAUUAAAGAGCCUUUAGAGAACCUCUUAUAUUAUAUGAACAUUAGCAAUGUAGUAAAAAAGUCUUAACUUAUAUUUGGAAAGGUUUUGGUAACACUUUCUAUUAAUGUCAUCUCUAUUAGACACUAUAACCACAUUUAUAACAUAUUAUAAUGCAUUCCUAAGGCAUUAUAAACAUGGCUAUGCACAUUUAUAAAAAUGCAUAACCCAUUGUAGACACGUUUAUGAAGCAUUAUGACUUGUGAUCAUGAUACAUUAUAAACUGUGCUUAUGAUAUAUAUGUUAAAAUAGUAUAUAUCUAUCAUUAAUAAUAUAGUCCCACAAUGAAAGUCUGGCACUUUACUUAGAGUGCACAAAGACUUGUUAUAAUGCAUUAUAAGACAAGAAUAAUUUAUGAGUGGGUCAAAAUAUUUAUAUUAUUUAUAGUUUUUUAUUUAUAUUCAUAUUAUUGAGGGUGUGUUUAUAAGUUGGAAGCUUUUUUAGUCAUGAUACAGUCUGCAAGCUGGGACUGAGUUUCUUGGUAUUGAAGUAUAACAUGUUAUAAACACAGCUAUUAAUGCAUUAUUAUCAUAAUUCAUGAUGCAUAAUAAACAUGGCUAUGAUGAAUUAUACAUUUUUAUAAAUAUUUAUAGCCAUGUUUAUAAUGCCUUAUGAAUGCAUUAUAAUGUGUUAUGAGUAUGUUCAUAGCGUCUUAUAGAGAUGACAUUCAUAGAAAGUGUUACCAAGGUUUUAAACUAAGCACUAAAGCUCAUUUUAAACCAAGACGGGUCUUUUUUUUUUACUCACAACAACAGUUAAUAUUAAAUAGGUUCUGUAUAGAACCAUCUACAGAUGUUUUUCCACCAAUCUGAAGUCACUCUGCAGUGUGUAUCUCUCUGUGUGUGUGUGUGUGUUCGAAGAGUCCAGACUUUUCUAUGUUGUUUGAAUGUUUUUACAGGCACAUGUUUGUAUUAGAUGAUGAUAAUAUUCUAUGAAGAAUCCUCAUUGAGCUGAAACACUGUAUUUUUGAAGUUUUCAGAUCCAGGUCAGUGUGUUUAUAUGAAUUCAGUUUGUAUCAUUCAGUUUUAUAUACAGUCAGGUGUUCCUCGUAUCUGUAUUUUUGCAAGAUGAACAAAAAUAAAGAAUCAGACAUUUAAA